AUGACACAGCAAUGCCUAAUUGAACUAAGCAAAUAAAACCACUUUAUUUCGAUUUCUUGUGCCAUCCGCAGAUGUUUCCAAAGAUAAAAAGCCGUGCACACUUUCUUCAGGCACCUGUUAAAUAGUACUCCUAACUACAUAACACCCAUGCAAACUGUACUGCCUGUUCAUUUCCUCUCUUCUCGAGUCUACCACAAGUCCGACGAACCACCACCCCGGCCAUGGAAACCACCCUUGCCACCGAUGUCCGCCUCUCAGUCGCGCACCAGACCCGCUUCGCCCUCCGCCUCGCCUCCGCCAUCUCAUCCGACCCCGAAUCUGCUACCGGCAACGUCGCCUUCUCCCCGGUCUCACUCCAUGUCGCGCUCAGCCUCAUUACUGCCGGCGCUGGCGGCACCACCAGCGACCAGCUCGUAGCCAUACUUGGGAACGAGAAUGCAGGCGGGCCCGAGGGACUCCACUCGCUCGCGGAUCAGGUGGUACAGUUAGUGCUUGCCGAUGCGUCCAUCACCGGCGGCCCGCGCAUCGCCUUCGCCAACGGCGUGUUUGUAGACGCGUCGCUCUCCCUCAAGCCUUCCUUCCAGGAGCUCGCUGUGUGCAACUAUAAGUCCGAGGUCCAAUCCGUGGACUUCAAGAAUAAGGUUGCUGAAGUUGCUAGUCAAGUGAACUCAUGGGUAGAGAAUGUCACAACAGGUCUCAUCAGAGAGAUCCUCCCUAAAGGGUCUAUUGACUACACCACUAGACUGGUUCUUGGUAAUGCCCUUUAUCUCAAGGGACUUUGGACUGAGAAAUUUGAUGAAUCUAAGACAAAAUACGACAAGUUCCACCUUUUAAAUGGGGACACUGUUCAAACACCAUUCAUGUCCAGUACAAAUAAGCAAUACAUUUCAUCUUCCGACGGCUUGAAGGUACUUAAGAUUCCAUAUCAGAAAGGUGGAGACAAUAGGCAAUUCUCCAUGUACAUUCUUCUUCCUGAAAGACGUGAUGGUCUCUGGACCUUGGCCAAAAGGUUGAGCACUGAAUCAGAGUUCAUCGAUAAGCAUAUACCAACGGAGAAAGUUGUAGUUGAGCAGUUCAUGCUGCCAAAGUUCAAGAUAUCGUUUGGAUUUGAAGCAACCAAUUUGCUCAAGAGUUUGGGUCUUCAGUUGCCAUUUAGCACAGAGGCAAACCUUUCAGAGAUGGUGAAUUCUCAUGUGGGCCUAUUCAUCUCAUCUAUUUUCCACAAGUCAUUUGUCGAAGUGAAUGAACAAGGAACUGAGGCUGCAGCGGCAACUAGUGUAGCGAUCGAACAACAACAGAUGCCCAUUGUGAUGGACUUCGUUGCAGAUCACCCUUUCCUCUUCCUUAUCCGAGAAGACGUCACUGGUGUGGUUCUCUUCAUCGGUCAUGUGGCCAAUCCCCUCGUGUCUUCGUAAUAUGUUUGCCCUAAAUAUGUGUGUUGGUAGUUGCCUCAACUAUUACAUGUAAGGGAAGGGUUUCAACAUCCAAUAAGGUUGCUUGUGCAAUCAAUCCAAUAGAUGGUUUUGAUUUUCA